CAGGCCAAUGAGCGGUCGGGACGGGCCGCCCCCGCCGGCACUGGCGCAGCAGGGUAGGGGCCGUAGAGCGAGGAGCAAGGCCGGAGCGGGAGUUGCCCCCCCUCGGCGCUGCGUAGGCGGCGGCGCGAUGGCGGCCGGGCAGGGCCGCGCCGCGGAGCUGCGGGUGUUCCGGAGCCUCCGCGGGAAGAUCUGUGAUGCCAAAAAUCUAGUGCCAUACUCUGGACCCAACAAAAUGAGAGAUUGUUUCUGUACCAUAAACUUAGAUCAAGAAGAAGUUUUUCGUACCCAGGUAGUAGAGAAAUCUUUAAGCCCCUAUUUUGGUGAAGAUUUUUACUUUGAGAUUCCAAGAAUAUUCCAAUGCUUAUCCUUCUAUAUUUAUGAUAAAAGUGUUUUACAGAAAGAUCUGCGUAUAGGGAAGGUGGCAAUCAAAAAAGAAGACUUGUGCAGAUAUACCGGCAAGGAGAAGUGGUAUUUGCUUCAACCUGUUGAUUCGAAUUCAGAAGUCCAGGGAAAAGUUCACCUUGAAUUCAGACUGAAUGAACUGAUAACCGAUAAUGGAUCUGUGUGCCAACAACUAGUAGUACAAAUAAAGGAAUGCCAUGGGUUGCCUCUUAUAAAUGGACAGAAUUGUGACCCUUAUGCAACUGUCUCUCUUGUGGGUCCUUCCAGGAAUGACCAAAAGAAGACAAAAGUAAAGAAGAAAACGAGUAAUCCACAGUUUAAUGAAACAUUUUAUUUUGAGGUAACCAGGUCCAGUAGUUAUACCAAAAAGUCCCAGUUUCAGGUGGAAGAAGAGGAUAUUGAGAAGCUGGAAGUCAGGGUUGAUUUAUGGAACAAUGGAAACCUAAUACAAGAUGUCUUUCUGGGAGAAAUUAAAGUUCCUGUUAAAGUGUUAAGAAAUGAUUCCUUCCAAGCAUGGUACUUAUUACAACCAAGAGAAAAUGGAAACAAGUCUUCUAAAACAGAUGAGCUGGGUUCACUUCGGCUAAAUAUUUGCUAUACUGAAGACUGCGUACUUCCAUCUGAGGAUUAUACUUCUUUAAGAAAUUUGCUGCUAAAAUCGCCAGAUGUUCAGCCAAUUUCUGCAUCUGCUGCCUGCAUCUUAGGUGAAGUGUGUCGAGAUAAAUAUGAUGUUGUUUUGCCUCUUGUAAGGUUGUUGCUGCACCACCAGAAGCUAGUUCCAUUUGUCACUGGAGUGGCAGAACUAGACUUGAAGGACACCCAAGAAGCAAACACAAUUUUUAGAGGAAACACUUUAGCUACUCGAUGUGUAGAUGAGAUGAUGAAAAUAGUGGGAAAGCACUACCUGAAAGUUACAUUAAAGCCUAUUUUGGAUGAGAUCUGUGAAUCCCCUAAGCCCUGUGAAAUUGAUCCCAUCAAACUGAGAGAAGGGGAUAAUGUAGAAAUUAACAAGGAGAAUCUACGCUACUAUGUAGACAAAGUAUUCAAUACUAUUGUACAGUCAAGUAUAAGUUGCCCUACCUUAAUGUGUGAUGUUUUUUAUGCUCUGAGACAUUUGGCUGCCAAUAGAUUUCCAAAUGACCCUCAUGUACAGUAUUCUGCAGUGAGCAGCUUUGUGUUUCUUCGUUUCUUUGCUGUAGCCGUAGUCUCACCUCAUACUUUUCAUUUACGACCUCACCAUCCAGAUGCACAGACUUCCAGAACAUUAACUCUUAUAUCAAAAACCAUCCAGACAUUGGGAAGCUGGGGCAGCUUGUCCAAAAGCAAAAUUUCAAGUUUCAAGGAGACAUUUAUGUGUGAAUUUUUCAAAACGUUUCAAGAAGAAAAGUUUACUGAGGCUGUUAAAAAGUUUUUAGAUGACGUUUCUUCUACUGAAAGUAGAGAGCCCAGUGGAAUGAGUGAAUCAGUAACUCUAAAAGAAGGAGAAAUGUAUAAAAGAGCUCAGGGAAGGACUCUGAUUGGAAAAAAAAAUUUCAAGAGACGAUGGUUCCACCUAACAAGUAAAGAACUUACUUACCAUAAGCAACAAGACAAAGACCCACUUUACAUCAUUCCAAUAAAAAAUAUCCUCGCUGUGGAGAAGCUUGAAGAGAGCUCCUUCAACAAGAAAAAUAUGUUCCAAGUGAUACAUGUAGAGAAGACACUCUAUAUCCAAGCAAAUAACUGUGUGGAGGCUAAUGAAUGGAGAGAAGCUCUCUGUAGGGUAACAAGGUGUAACCAGAGGAGACUGAGUGUUUACCAUCCCUCUGCUUUUCUGAAUGGAAGCUGGCUUUGCUGCAAGGCAACCCUGGAGAACACUGUGGGUUGCACUCCUUGCACAGCAGGUGUUCCAGCCGAUAUUCAAAUAGAAAUUGAUGGAGAUAGAGAAAUGGAGAGAAUUUACUCGCUCUUUGCCAUCAGCAUGCCUAAACUGCAAAAGAUGGAAGAGACUUGUGAAAGUACUGCAGUUUAUCAAGGUCCACAGAAAGAAUCUGAUGACUGCUCCAACUUCAACAUUGAGGACUCUGUAGCAACUUUCCAUACUCUUCAACAAAUAAUAGCCAUAGUAGAGAAGCUGAGAGAAUCACACGAAAAGUAUCAGAAGACGAGAUCAUCUAGUGCUAAAUAUGGUAGUGAAGAAAAUCCAAUUGUUGGAAAAGGUUCCUAACCAAAACAAGGGAUGGUUUAUAUAUUUCAGAAGGAACUGGAAAUACUAGAUGUUUGGGAUUUUUAUUCAUUGUAUAUACUUGUCUGAAGUAUUUAACAGUGAACAUUAGCAGAAAUGCUAUUUGUGUUGACAAUCUAUUUAAUAUUUAAUAGAGAAUAUAAUCUGUUUCGGAAUCUAAUCUUGAAGUUGAUUCUCAUUUUGCUCAAGUUGAAGCUCCAGGAUCUUGAACUAUCAGAUGCAAGUAAAUAUAAAUGCUUCUGCAGUUGCUUCUUUUUAUCAGAAAGAACUUUCUCAAAGAAUAAGCUUUCUAAGGGACAGUACAAAUGUCAAUUGAAGCAUCUCUUUCACUAUACUGCAAACUUGCAUUAGUCUGCCAUCAGUGCCUGCUCUGCCAACAAUUGAUCUUGCAAUGAAAAUCCCAAGCUAUUGUGACUUAAGCAUCUGAAGUUUCAGAUUCAGUGCAUGUCAGGACUCUUGAAUUAACUGCAGUCAAAGUUUUAUUAUGUCAUGCAGUACAUUGUAUACAUUCUGUGGACAGAAGAUACCAAUUUUGUUAUAUCUGUAUAAAAAUUGAAGAAGAAAUCAGGGAGUUUAUUAUUGUAUUGUACAUUUGUUUACAUUUUGGGGUGAGUAGUGUGUGGAGUGACAUGAGACCACUGUCUGUUUUCCCUCUUUAAAGAACCAGGUACUUUUUUGAUAUUUGAAAAAGCAGAUUAGCAAUCCUUGCCUACAAAUGAAAAGAAUGCAGAGGUUAAGAUUUUGGUUAGAUAUUGUUCAUAUCUUCUCCCCCUCCCCCCCCCUCCCCCGUUCAACUUCUUUCCACAAUAGAGCUCAAGCUCUCCUCUGAUAAUAUUAAAUCUGUUUUUGAAUAAUCACUCUGAGCACUUUAGAGAUCUGGACUGUCCCAGAUUUAUUUUUAGAUACUUUAUAGUAUCUACUCUUUAUGAUCAGUUGAAUGAUCAGUGCUGUUGUCUUAACAGUGCUUUAGUGAAUAUUUUUAUAUCUGAGUAUAUGGAUUUUCUAUUAUUUGCCAGAUCCCAGAAAAAAAUUGAACUGCAUUCUGGACUAUAGAGUAUUUGAUUCUUGUUCACUUCAUCUGAGAAUUUAUUUUUAUGCUGGAAAAAAUAUGGAUAUAACCAAUAGAAACAAGGUAGUGCUUUGGAGAAAAGAAAGCUAAGCCUUGCCUCAUCAGUAUUAUGGUACUAUUUUUAAAAAAUUAAAAACAUAUUUUCUACACAUGAAAUUUCAUUUUUCAAAAACUUUCUGGGGUGGGUUGGGUGUUUUUUCAGUCCUGAUUGGCCCUAAAUCAAUUAAAAAUGUAAGUUGUCAAAAGACAUAGAGCUACAAUGUUCAGAAAUUAUAAGCUGUUUGAAAUACUACAUGUUUAUAAUACUAUGGUAGGGUGGCUUUCUCCAAAGGCAAUCCAGUUGGCACCACAGGAGUGAAAUCAAUGUUGAACUGAAUGCAGUUCUCUGACUAGAACAAUCAUUUUGUUAAUAUUAAAACAACUGUUUGAGAUUAUCUGUAAUUUGGUACCAAUAUCUGCAACAUCAUAAUUUAUUGCUACUGGCCACUUUACCUAUCUACAACUAUUUUUGCAUUACUUUACUAUUUGUUGUAUUCAUAAAGGAGUACUUUUUGCCAUCAUUUGAAAUUAGGAAAAAUUAAACUUGUUGACAUUGGCUGCAUCUACACAAUAUGCUGACUGCACUAGGCUUACACUACUGCAUGGUCAGCAUCACGAAAAAGCCAUUUGUUGGUGCUACUGCGUAGUAAUGACUGCACAGUCAGAGUCUUGUGGAGAUGCAGCCACUCUAAUUCUUUCAAGGUCAACAGGACCUAGUUUAUUUGCCAUAAGAACAAGGUUUCCUAAAUUUGAGCAUCAGUAUUGGGUUUUGCUUUGUAUGGUGAGCAGUCUUGUUACAAAAUGUCUAUUUUUGAAGUAUAUUUCUGUCAUUCUUGAAGUCAAACAUAUGCAAAAUUGAAAGUUACGGUGUUGUAACUUUUUUUUUUUAAAUGCACUUUUUAUUUGCUUUGGUACUAGAUUAAAUAAAGGACAAGUAGGCCUCUUGAAAUCUAAGGCCUUUGAAAUUUGUCAUUUUAUAGUAUGGUUUAAAAUGCAGUAGGUUUUCUAGAAUUUAAUUUAGAGAUGAGUAGGUUGACUAAUAUUAAAGUUGCUUCCAGUUUGAUUAGCCUAGAAUGGAAAAAUUACUCAGUAAUUAGUUUUAUUUGGACUGUAAAUUAUCUUUUUUUUUUCGUGUAGUAUGCAUUUUGUGUAAGGAUGUAUUGUGGAAAAUGUAUUUUUAUUUAAAUUUUAUUUUCUUAUCAAGAUUAUUAAACUUUUUGUAAUGUUGCUUGUAAACAACUCGCAAAUAAAUUGCAAGAUACUUGAGGUGUACUGUG